AUGAUCACUGCCGCCCUCACCACUCCGCAGACGGCAUAUGAUGGCAUCCCAGAUCUCUCCGCGAAGGAAUCUCUCCGAAACGUAUUGAACGCGCCUCCAUCGCCUCCUCAGUCUAAGCGCACGGACAGCGCAAUCUCUCUUCCUAGAGACGACGCCUUUGAUCUGCGUCGGGGCGCAGAGGAAAAUAGCGAGUAUGAGGCGGAGUGGCGCUUGUAUUUGGGACUUGAGGAUGAAUGGGGGUUUGUCUUGAAGGACCAGAGGAACGAAAAGAAGCCAAGCACGUCCUCGAACGGGAAGAUUGAAGAGGAGAAGAAUGAAAAGAGAUAUGAAGAGGAGUGGAGUGCGUACUUAGAGUUGGAUUACAGUGGUGAAUGGUGA